UGCUGACCGGAAACUCGCUGUGACUGUGCGUAACUUGACGAAGGUACCUGUCAAAGUGCCGUUCCGCUCGGUAUUUCGCAGAAACGCCGGCUGCCGUUGCCCUCCUCGGGCAUCGCGCUCUCCUCCCUCAUCGACCCUUUACGCGUGGAAUAUAUAAAGUCACGCUCUCGGAUCUAAAAUGCUAUUUUUAAACGUGACCUUGCGUCGAAGGACUGAACACCGGCUCGUGCCAGUCCUGAAGGAUUUCUUCGUCCCCGCAGCGCACUGCAUUGUAACAGAUCGGCAGCUGAAUGAAUAGAAACCGGGACGUGGAGACUCGCUGCGGCACAACAGGACGUUACAGUGCUGAUGAACAACACGGCCUACAUACCACCGAGCUUAAGGGUCGCAUCUCCAGGACAUCAGUGCGGUAUGAACUCCUUCACUGACGCGCUGUUAACCUUGUAACACAGUAAUAAUUGAGCUCCAAUUUAUUCGCUGCUGCAGAACUAUGCAUCACAAGACAGGUGAAUGUGUGUGCUUGAUCCACCAAUCCUAUGCAAGAGAAGGAAAGACCAGCAGGGAGAUGGACUUUGCAUGCUGGAUGUUUUUGCUGACCUUCAAAGAAAAACCAAAAUGAAAAAUUAACCAAGCGAGUGGCCUAAGCUCUUUGGAUAUUGCAUAACUCUUCUUUGCUCUUGGUUCACUCCUGGACUAUGUAGUAGCUGCUCUCUGGAUUAGUGUGCAGCUCAUGAGGCCUGGAGGUGCAAACAGAGGGUGCUGAAAGGUCUUUUAGAGCUGGGCCCGUCUGUAGAUGCCUUAUCCACCCAUGAGCAACGGAUUGAAUCGCAAACCACGAUGUGAUCAGCAAUAAAGUCAACAGCCAAGCAAUAAAAAGUGAAGAACUUAUGCAAACAAAGAUCCCAGCGCAAGUUUUUGGCCAUCGGCAGCAUAAAUAAAGUCUAACUAUGCUUCUGAACUGCGGUCAGCCAUUGCCUCUCCUGAGGCACACGGACGUGCCGCCUCGAGUCAUAGAAAACUUUAUCCUGACGGGCUACCGCUUCCCAAACUACAGCCUGUGGGACUGCUUACUGUCAGCAUUCAGGCCUACCAAUGAAACCGGCAAUUUCUGGACACACUUUCUUCCCGUUUUCAUCUUUUUCUACUAUUUUGUGGAGGUUUUUGGUUGGGAAGGUGCGCCCGAUAGCGGUGAACCGUUCUUCUAUCCGCUGUGGAAUUACUUUAUUGGGGUGUUCUGUUUGCUGAUGGCCAGCAGCAUGGCUCACCUGCUUAACUCAAUGUCUCUUGUGGUAAGAGAGGUUUGCUUCUUCGUGGAUUACGGCACCAUCAGUGCGUACACGGUCGGCUCAUCGUUGGCAUACUACUACUACAUCCACCCUCAGGCAGGAAUAGCGGAGACAGGAAGCAGCUCCCGGGUGGAGUUGAAACGUGAAGCUGCAGCGUUUACCUCAUCCUAUGCAACCCCAGAGUACAGCGUGUUCUUCGAGACCUGCUACAUCCCGUGUGCAUGUGUUGUAGCAAUCAUUUGUGUUUUAUCCUGCUGCAAUACUCGGCAGAGGUGGAGGCAGCAUCGAUACAUCAUCCGGACGCUGGUUUUUCUCCUUCCGUUUCUCAUCUCCUCCACGCCAAUCUUCUACCGCCUCCUCACUCGAUCCCCUUACUCCACCUCCUCCUCCUCCUUCACCGCUUCCACCCCCAUGGCCUGCUUCUUCUAUCGCCACUGCCUCUGGUUGCUGGUGUCAGCCAUCUUCAACAUCAGCAAGUUCCCCGAACGCCUUGCGCCAGGACGCUUUGACAUCUGGGGGCACAGCCACCAGUGGUUCCACUGUUGCACAUUUCUGUCCAUCCUGGAUGAACUUCACAUGAUCAAGGCUGAGAUUAAGGCCAUCUUGCUGAGCCCAGCUUUGCUGCUGCCCCCCACCUCCCUCUCCCACCUCCCUGGACCCACCAUUGCAUCCACCUACGGAGUGAUGCUCCUCCUCCAGACCACCAUCGUCUCCAUCAUCGUGUGGUUCUCCUGGCGAGCCAACUGUAUCUAUGGAUCCCAGAGAGAACAGCUGGAAAAGGAGCCCCCCAAGAAGCACCUGAAGUGUCACUGAUCACGGAGAACUCUGUUUUCAUUGCCAUCAUUGAACCCGUCGUAUGUUCCCGUCCCCUUUGGAUUAUAAGGAUUAUAUGCUGAGCUCAUGUGUGGUUGAUGCAUAUCUUUGCCAGUUCUUUCCCAGACCUGCUGCAGCACGUUCUAACAGGAUGUCUGAGCGCUGGGAUAAUAACUACCUCUCAGGGCUCUACAAUUAUGGUUGCUGCCCAGGAGAACUAAUGUUCCACUUUAUGACUGGUUAACAUGGCUUAGACGUUAGUGGGACCAUUAAGAACAUUUGCUGAUGAGCUGUCUGCUGUUAGGUCCUUUUUUGUUGUUCCGCUUCCCUUUUUUAUUUCCACCUUAAACGGCCUGUUGCCGCGGCCUGUGCCGAGCCCAUUGUUUCAUGUCUAAUGAUUCCUUUGAUAACAUACCUUUUCUUCCUCUUACUUGCACAAACAUACACACACGAAUCUCAUUUCCUGUCUGUUUUGCAAGUGACCCUUGCAGCAGGAAGUGGCCCUUGCACACGCCGACAGAAAUAGCUGAGAGCUCUUAUCGGUCUUACAGUGAAGCACUUUCAGGGGGCUGCUGGUACUUCCCCCGUCAUUAAGAAGCCAUGCUUAACUUUCAAAUCUGUGAGGACACAACACUUCAAAGCGUCCUUCUGAGUUAUUGACAUGUGAAAUGUGUUUGCGGUGGUGUGACUGUGUCUGCUGUCUGUGUGGUUUUCAUCGCACCUGGAGCCAGUUCCCCAUACGUUCUGCUGCGUACAGCAAACUCUCUUUUUAGACAUACUGGUGCAUUUAUAUCUUUAUGGUGAGAGCAAAGUCUGAGCUUCAGAAAUACUGCAGAGCACUGCUCCACUGUAAAGCUUUGCUUUGUUAACGUGAGCACAGUGACUGCAGCAGCAGUGGGCUCUGUGUCUGAGACCAUGAACAGCCUGUCAGAGUCAAAGCCAUAGUCUGCAGAAGUGUUGAGGUAACAUCACAGUUUCAGUUCUUUAUGCCUACGAGCUGAUACGACCACGUGUGUUAUCGUCUUAUUACAGUCACGUAAAAUGUUCCUAUAAAAGUCUCCAGACUGCAUACAUGACAGCUCAGUUUGUCCACAGCUCAGUUUGUACACAGCUCAGUUUGUACACAGCUCAGUCUGUACACUACGUACGUCAGAAAUUAGGAAUCGAUCUUACAGUUUCAUACAGACGUGUUUUACCACAGGUUUAAACACAGUGAACAGACUGAGGCUAUAAGUUAAAUGUUAACUUUACCAGAGAAGCCACCGACUCUUUAUUGAGCAAAGUUUAGCUUUAUGGUGUUUGAUCACAGCUCCUCAGCCAUGAGACUUGGACCCUGUUUUGUAGGGUUUGGUUUAAACACCAUCCAUGUACAUCCUGAUAUUUAGAUGUGGAUUGUCCAGAGAGAGCACUAGUAGAUGAAGUGAACAUAUAACCUCUCAUAUGCUGAGAACUAUAACAUGGUGGCUGUGGCUGAGGAGCAGGUCAGCUACUAAACAGAAGGUUGGUGGUUUCAUUUCAAGUAUACUGGGCCAGAUAAACCACCAGUCGCUCCAGUUUGAGUGUGAAAGAUGUAGAAAAGAUGCUCGUAUGAAUCUGUGGGUGAAUGAGAGCUGCUGUAUAAAGUGCUUUGAGUAGAUUAGAAAAGCUGUAUAAGAACCAGAUUUCACCAUACAGUGACUAAUGUCCCCAAAUCUGCACUGCUGAACACAAACGUCAGUGUGUAAUAAUAAUAAUAAUGAUUUUAGCCAAACAGAAAUAUUCUUCUGAUCAUUUAGUUUCACGUCUUCCAUAAAAAGACAUCGGUGUAGUCCGGUCCUCCGCGUCAGUGAAAACUGCCGGGGGAUGAGACGUAGUUUGCACACUUUAAACCAACAAUGACCGUCAGUGUUUUUCUCUUUGACCUCUUUUGUUAAUCUCACGUGAUGACAUUGUGAUUAUGUACUAAAAUCUGCACAUAUACCUGCUUAUACUUGCACACCAGAAACUAAUUAGACAUGAAUCCGAGUCGUUUAUUACACUGGAGGAUGUAUGGAGGGAACAUCCUGACAGGGUGAAAUCAUGCUGCACUUUCUUUAGGCUCCUCAUGUGGUUCCUCUGAGGGUCUGUGGUACUGUGACAUUUCUGUACAUUUCAGGUUCAAGUACUGCUGUGUGAUGAACGGCCUGAGACAGUCUGGUUAUCAAGGAUCUGGUGUUGAAGCAAUGUUUUUACCUCAACUCAGCAGUGGAAUGGUUGUUGCUGAGAGAAACCAUCGCUGGGACAGCUCGUGUCCCUGAGUCUGUUAAGCUGUGUUCAGUAUGUGAAUGUUAGACUCACCGACUACUCAUCUUACCUAGUGAAGUACUCAGGGUGAAGAAAACUCUAAUACAUUAUUUACACAUGCAUUUAAUGAUGAAUGACUUCAGGUCAUUAUAGCACUCGGUGUACAAAUCCUUCUUAAUCAAAUAGUGUAUCUUUGAGUUUUCAAUAAAUUACACAGAGAACUUUUGUCAUUGUGGGUCUUUAUUUUCUUUACUGUGCAUAUGUUUUCAUAAUUAAUGCAACUUGAGUCCUGUCAUUAGCUUUAGCUGCACAAACAACACGCUGGUGAAGAAACACUUCCUCAACCGUGUGUAGGUCAGAGACCAGGCUCUGCUUACACAGCAGGUAGUAUUGAGCCGUGAUGUGGAGCAGCUUUGUGUCUUAGGCAGCAACUGAACACAAAGCAGACACGACAAAAUAAUGUUUGGUUCACAUGCAGAUCAGAAAGUAUUCAAUGAACUGCAGUUUUUUUCGUUUCAAGCAGUUUUGAACCUGCAAACAGUGAAGCUGCUCCUUCCUGUGUGGUGGCUUUAACGUGUGCAGCUCAGCUCCUCUGUUGUUUCCCAGCUUCUCUUUUGCAUCGUUUGGAUUAAAGACGUGAGAUAAAGCAUAUUAAUUGCACCCUUAUCUCUGUCCAUACAGAUGCUAGUAGGUGUAUUUUUGAACCUUUGAACAGCGGAUUUGUUAUUAAUCUGAUCAUUGACACAAGAACGUAAAUGAAAAUGUGACGUGUUCAGUGUCAGCCAUCGCACACAGACCUGGUUCCUGGUUCCUGGUGUGGUUCGUGGCCCCACAGCUGCAAACAUGUCUAUAGAUGUUUAGACUCGGUAACUCAUCAGAUCUCAGAGCUUUGAAUAAUUCAAAUGUUUUCAAAGAAGUUCCCUGUCCUGCCCUGAUUUGCAAGUCUAGCACUUCCUCAUCUCAGCCUGGUGCAUGCGUGGUUUCUGUGUAGGUCUGUGGACCCUACGCUCGGCCACGUACCUGCACACACGACGCCACUCCUUCCCCACUGCAUCCCUUUGUCUCAUUUUACUUUAACAUCCACAGCUGCAAAAACAGUCAGAGGACAUGAGCAGAGUGGAGAUCAUCCUCACGCAGAGCUACUGCUGAAUCAGGGAGAGAAGUGUCGUGGAGGCAAAGGCGGAUGUAGAUGAAGAGUGGGAGAACACUGUUACAACAUCAGAUGUAUGCAAAGAGAUUUGUUUUAUACUUUUAUAAUAUGACUUCUUUAAUGUGUUUUAUGAAAAUGUACCAGUGCUUUAAACAAAGCAAAAGGAAAAAGCAGGUACGAGCCCGUUUGCAAAAAGCCCACAGCAGCUCUCUGAAUGUCAGAUUCAUCCACUUCAUGUUCAGUCAGCUUCAAGUCUCGGCACCUCGACACGCCUUUCAGUUUGUGUUGCUGAAAAGCGUUUCCACAGCAUGAUGCUGCUGCCACCAUGCUCCAUGCCAGGUGACGACCACCACCUGAUUUCUUCCUGACAUGACGUUUGGCAUCAGACCAGGUUUGCUGAUCUGAGAGUCUGCCAAACUCCUGCCUUUCUCCACAGAGCGGUGCUGGAGCUUUGUCCGAGUGAACACUGGGCUCGUGGUCACCCCGAGUUCCCUUCUAAGAGUGCUGGUUGUUCCAAACUGCUUCCAUUUCUGGAUGAUGGAGGCCACGGUGCUCACUGGGGCCUUCGGUACCCUCCCCCAGAUCUGUCUCAGAGCUCUACAGAAGUCCUUGGACUUCAUGGCGUAGUGCUCCAACAUGCACUGUCCACACACGUCCUAUCAGCUGAAUUUAUCACAGGUGGACUCCAGUCAGCUUGUAGAAACAGGCUGCAGUUUGAGUGUCGUGGCAAAGGCUACAUAUAGUUUUUACAUAUAACCUCUUAAGGCUGAUAUCUUACAUAUAUAGAUUAAUGAGACUUUUCAAAUUACUGCAAGUAUCCAAAACAUGUAAUGUGGGCUCACUGGGUGGCUUCAAAACUGUGUAAACUCCAGUUUGAAGUGAGGAACUUUAACAACAUGUGAGAACCUGAAGUCAGACUAUUCAAAUAUCAGGUGGAAUAUUUGCAAAUUUCUGUACAUUCACAACUAAGACGGUUUGUUUCAGCUGCAUCUCCUCAUUUCUGACAGCUGAGAGCUGAGAUAAGCUUCGUGGAAGAGGUCUGAACUGGGGAGGGGCCAGUGUGGUACUCACUGCUGAUAGGCUGGAAACACGGCCCUGAUGCGUCCACUGUUAUUUUCACAUGACACUGACACAGUGGGCUGCAGGUCGGUGAAACUGUGUGAAAUAAUCAGACUGUGCUGCAUUUAUUUUGUCUGGUGAGAUAAUCAUGAGCUGAGGGACAAAGCCAGCUGCCCACAGCUUCAGCCAUCGCUUCCUCGGCUGUCUGUGUUCAGUCUGGAUCUGGUCUGCAGGACUCUGUGUGACCUCUAAUGCUUUUUAAAUGUAGCACACCGUUUAUUUGAGAAAUGUCACCAAACUCACAGCCCACACUUCUCUGUUCCCCCACACAGCUGGGGCUGAUCAGCUUGUCCCCACCCACACAGCCCCAUUCUCAGCCAUUCAUGCGUGCAAGUCUCAGCAGCUCCCUGAAUGUUUCUGUGCUCCAAACAAUCUCACCAAUGCCUCCGGGUCAGCCUGGCUGCCACACUGCUGAGGAGUACUGAGAUCUGAACCAGGGACUGGACUCUGGUGUCAGUCUGCCAAGUGUCUGUUCCCCUCUGUUGUACUGGUGGAUCUCCACACCCAGUAGGUGGUGUUCCACAGAGAACCUCCACUUCUUUCUCCAGAUGAGCUCAUAACCCACAGCAGCUGUCUGCUGGUGGGCAAAGCACAGCAUGGAGAGGAGCGAGCUGAGCCUUAAAGUCUGGAUUUGUUAGCUGCUCUUUGUGCUGUUCCUGCGGUCAUGAACCAACACAAGCUGAAAUCUGUUUCCACGUUCUCUCUGCACACUGGGAGUAACUGGGAGUAACUGGGAGUAGACCUGCUGCUGCACACUGAGAGGAGCGAGCUGAUUUGGUUGAGGUGCUUCACGCCCUCUGCUCACCUGGCUUUAGAUAUGCAUCAGGUAGACCUCAGAGACGGGAUCACAGCUUCAUCGUGGCAGAAAGGAAGCGUGUGCAUCUUUGCUUCGCUCGUUGGUGCUCCAGAAAUCAGCGGUUCAGAAAAUAAAAUCAGCCCUGUGUGCGAACAGAACUUUAAACCAUGGAGUAGCUGCUUUCAUGUGAGCCGUCUGUGCCUUGGUGAGAAGCAGGAAGCUUCACCUGCCGGUAAACUUCCUGUUCUGCAGCUCUGUUCACCCUCUAGUGUCAGAAAAGAGCAGACAGUGAGGUACGCCAGAGAAACCCAGGCGAACCACAAAGCUCUCACUUCCUGUCAGAGAUUUAAUGUAGACGAAGUCGUUUCAGUCCUACUUUUACCUUCAGUCAGCUCGCAGCCUGUUUGUGCAGCUGAGGGGCGUUCAGUGACUGUUUCACGGCUCCAUCUGAAGACCAGCAAAGAAGAGCAGCUACACAAGUGAAUGUGAUUCACAUAUGAACUAUAAAGAACUGAUGACAGGACAGCGGCUCCAGAAAUCACCUUUUAUUUCACGUAUCACUCUUCUGAUACGUCAGAGUUACAAAAACUGCUCUGAGUCAUAAUUAAAACGAUGAAAAGCAGGACGACAGCAACAUUUGUGAAUGAAGGAAUGUCUUAAUGCAGACGAAGCCAUGAACUUCACACACAGCGAGGAUGGACCGAAGGUUUAAAUCCCAGCAGGAAUAACUGGGAGAAACGUUCAGUUUCCAGUUAAGACACUGGCUGUGAGUAAGUCUGAGCACAGAGCCACAGCUUUGUCCACUCAAACUACCUGCUGAACUACAUGACCUAAUGUGUUAUUGUCAUUAUCACCAUAUUUAUCCUGUCACAGGGGCACGUCUGGCUGUUCUAACAUGUGUAUAAUACUGAACUUUCAAAAUGAAGAAGCACUUUGUUUUAAUGCACAGGGGAGGACAAACAACAGCAGGACAGCUGAUGGUUCAUAAAGCAGAGGUGUGACAGGACAGUGGACUCGUGCUUUGGUGCUGCUGCCUCUGAGACGCCCGAUGACCCGGGGAGGCAGGAACCAAGGUGAAAGAACAA